AACCCUCCUGCUAUAGAGUUGCAGUUCUCAUAUACUGUACUAACGAGACGCCCACGCCCACCUGCGCGACGCGAGCCGAAUCUCGACGCCGUCGCUGCAUCGCCUGCGGAUUCCGCAGUGGUGGUGGGAUCCUUGUGAGGGAGGAGCAGGAGAACUGGAGGAGGAGAUGUGGCGGCUGAGGAUCGCGGAGGGCGGGGACGACCCGUGGCUGCGCACGACCAACGGCUACUUGGGCCGCCAGGUGUGGGAGUUCGACGCCGCCGUGGAGCCCGACCCCGAGGAGGUCGCCGCCGUUGAGGCCGCGCGCCAGGGGUUCGUCGCGCGGAGGCACCAGCUCAAGCACAACGCCGACCUCGUCAUGAGAAACCAGUUUGCUAAAGCAAAUCCUCUUGAGCUGGACCUUCCUGCUGUCAAGCUGGAAGAGCAUGAAGAUGUUACUGAGGAAGUUGUAUCAACUACUUUGAAAAGGGCCAUCAGUCGCCUUUCUACUCUCCAGGCACAUGAUGGACACUGGCCGGGGGAUUAUGGUGGUCCAAUGUUCCUUAUGCCAGGCUUGAUUAUAACCUUGUAUGUGACUGGAGCACUGAACACUGUCUUAUCAUCAGAACAUCAGAUUGAGAUCCGCCGGUAUCUCUAUAAUCAUCAGAACGGAGAUGGAGGCUGGGGUUUGCACAUUGAGGGACCAAGCACCAUGUUUGGUUCAGCCUUGACCUAUGUCAGUUUGAGAUUGCUUGGAGAGGGAACAGAUAGUGGAUAUGGAGCUAUGGAGAAAGGUCGAAAUUGGAUUCUAGACCAUGGAGGAGCAACGUUUGUAACAUCAUGGGGAAAAUUUUGGCUCUCGGUACUUGGUGUAUUUGAUUGGUCUGGUAACAACCCAGUGCCACCAGAAGCAUGGUUGCUACCAUAUUGCCUGCCAUUUCAUCCAGAGCGAAUGUGGUGUCACUGUCGAAUGGUGUAUUUGCCAAUGUGUUACAUUUAUGGAAAGAGAUUUGUCGGACAAGUUACACCACUUGUUUUGGAAUUGAGAAAGGAACUUUACAAAGGCCCCUAUAAUGAGAUUGAUUGGGACAAGACUCGCAAUCAAUGUGCUAAGUUUCAGAAGUAUAUCUAG